AUGUACACUGGGACAGUAAAGUUAAACAGCUAUAUCAAAUACGUCAAUACUUCAGCAAUCAUCACUUUAACCAAUAAAAGAAUUAGUGAUGUCUUCCGGAUCAAACCGAGACAUCACCGUUCUCGAAAGGGACGAAUGAAAGGCAAGAGUAGCAACUCUGGUAGCGUCCGCUCCAGCAACGGUAAGAAGACAGAACUCAGAGCCUCAUUCAAGGAAGAGAAUCGUGCAAGUGCUAGGAUUCUCAAGCAUCAGGAAAAGAUUCUGUGGGGUCCCGAUGGUUCUCAGAUGGCGAACUCCCAGGGGUGUGUUACAAACGCGACAGAUCUAGCUCGCCUUCGAAAGCUGGGAGAAGUCUCUAGACACGUUCUCUUCUUUUGUGAAGCGCCGAGUGAAGAUCGAAUCCAGUAUCAUACGCAUAUGAAUGAAGAAGUGAUGGCUGGACCUAAGAAUUCGAGAGAACAGGAGAAAGACGCCGCAUAUGACCGGCAAAUUGAAAAAUUGAAAUUUGAGUUGAGGCAACUUCGUCGUGGAAGUUAA